UUCCUGCUGUGCAUGAAGGAUGACAGCAUUGAGGGAAUCUACGACACCCUGAAGCAGUGUGCCCUGAUCUCCAAGUCUGCUGGUGGCAUCGGGCUGGCUGUGAGCUGCAUCCGCGCCACGGGCAGCUACAUUGCUGGGACAAAUGGGAACUCCAAUGGACUUGUCCCUAUGCUGAGGGUGUACAACAACACUGCUCGCUACGUGGAUCAAGGUGGUAACAAGAGACCUGGGGCUUUUGCCAUCUACCUGGAGCCGUGGCACCUGGACAUCUUUGAGUUUCUUGACUUAAAGAAGAACACUGGGAAAGAAGAGCAGCGUGCCAGAGACCUUUUCUUUGCCCUCUGGAUUCCGGAUCUCUUCAUGAAGAGAGUUGAAACCAACCAGGAUUGGUCCUUAAUGUGCCCAAAUGAAUGUCCUGGCCUAGAUGAGGUCUGGGGAGAGGAAUUUGAGAAACUGUAUGAGAGCUAUGAGAAGCAAGGCCGUGUCCGCAGAGUGGUGAAGGCCCAGCAGCUCUGGUACGCCAUCAUCGAGUCGCAGACAGAGACUGGCACGCCUUACAUGCUGUACAAAGACUCUUGCAACAGGAAAAGCAAUCAGCAAAACUUGGGGACCAUCAAAUGCAGCAACCUGUGCACAGAAAUAGUGGAGUACACCAGCAAAGAUGAGGUGGCAGUUUGCAAUCUGGCCUCCAUAGCCCUGAACAUGUACGUCACUUCGGAGCACACUUACGAUUUCAAGAAGCUGGCUGAGGUCACAAAGGUUAUUGUCCGAAACCUGAACAAAAUCAUUGACAUCAACUACUACCCUGUGCCUGAGGCGGAGCGCUCCAACAGGCGCCAUCGCCCCAUCGGCAUCGGUGUGCAGGGCCUGGCUGACGCCUUCAUCCUGAUGAGGUUCCCCUUUGAAAGCCCCGAGGCGCAGCGUCUGAACCAGCAGAUCUUCGAGACCAUUUAUUACGGGGCUCUGGAAGCCAGCUGUGAGCUGGCUGAGCAGCAAGGGCCAUACGAAACGUAUGAGGGUUCUCCUGUCAGCAGAGGGAUUCUGCAGUACGACAUGUGGAAUGUCACCCCAUCCGACCUGUGGGACUGGAAGGCCUUGAAGGAGAAGAUUGCAAAGUAUGGUGUCAGAAACAGCCUUCUCCUUUCCCCCAUGCCAACUGCUUCCACUGCUCAGAUCCUGGGCAACAACGAAUCCAUUGAGCCCUACACCAGUAACAUCUACACACGGAGAGUCCUUUCAGGAGAGUUCCAGGUUGUGAACCCACACUUGCUGAAAGAUCUCACAGAGAGGGGUCUGUGGAAUGAGGAGAUGAAAAACCAAAUCAUUGCCCACAAUGGCUCCAUCCAGAAUAUAUCUGAGAUUCCUGCUGACUUGAAGCAGCUUUAUAAGACAGUGUGGGAGAUCUCCCAGAAAACUGUCCUCAAGAUGGCAGCAGACAGAGGAGCUUUCAUCGACCAGAGCCAAUCUCUCAACAUCCACAUCGCAGAACCCAACUAUGGCAAACUGACCAGCAUGCACUUCUAUGGCUGGAAGCAGGGUCUGAAGACAGGCAUGUAUUACCUAAGGACAAAGCCGGCUGCAAACCCCAUCCAGUUCACCUUGAACAAAGAGAAACUCAGAGAGCGGGAGAAGGCCGCUGAGGAAGAGAAGGAAAGGAACAAAGCAGCCAUGGUUUGCUCCCUGGAGAAUCGUGAUGAGUGCCUGAUGUGUGGCUCCUAACGGCCCUGCAGUGCCAGCAGAGCUGCUCUGCCCGUGGCUCCCAUCUGAGAUAGGUGCACUUAGUGUCACUUCAGGGCAGAGGAGCUCGCUGGAGCUGUGGCAGAAGGGCAAUCACUGUAGUGUAUGGUAGCUUCCCCAGCUGAGAAUUAGGGGAUGCUGCACAUGUAUGGGUAGAGUGCAUAAAAAGUUUGUGUAUUGCUUUUGUAGCUGGGCUUCCUGGAAACCUAAGUGCUCUUGCGUGGUCUUGGGUUGAACCCUAUAGAAAGAAGUUCUCCUGAACAGCUAGGAAAAGUGCUAACGCUGCUUACAGGUCUGCCUUGGGACUGGAGACACUUCCUUGCAUUUCCUAAAGACUCACAUCCUGUCUUCAGAGGCAGAACCUGACUGACGGGUUCUCCUUUGCUGUGACAAAACACCAGGAGAAGAACCCUAUGCUGGCUGUGUGGUGUGCCUGAUAGGCAGUCUGCCUUGGCAAAGCAGCAACUUCUGUUAAGCUUGAAAAGAUGUUGUGUGCACAUCUAGCAGUGAGGCCCUUCUCCCACCAUUUAUCCCUGUCCCCAACUCCUUCCAAAGAUGCAGGAUGCUGGGGGGUGUCUUGCUGCUUGGAGGCUUCCUUUCCUGCUCUCAGCCUGACUGAAGGACGCUGCACUCAGUUACUUCUGCUUUUCAGCUCUGAGCAGGAAAUGGCAGAAUUGCUGCAGUGCGUUCUAUUCUGUACCAAAAACCCAUUCAAGUUUCCAUCAGUUUGCUGCUCACACAAUUCCAUGCUGUCCUUGAGCAGAAAGCCUUGACAGUGCGCACCCCAUCUUUUCCGAAGCGCUGCAUUCAUCCACCCCAGCUGGUUACUUGGAAUUUUAGGAACAUGUUUUUUACUUCUCUACCUACUUAACUCUCUGCUCUAAUGCCAUGGGGCUUCAUCACCCAGUUCUUAAAUAUUUAUUGAAUUCGUGUACCAUACAACUAACCCUUUAAUCCACAGAACUCAAUAAAAUGUGGUAUGUCAAAGGAA